AUGCCGCAUCUCCCCACAUUCGGCAGUGGCAGUCAUGCGAAUGAGGAUGUUGCUCUGCAAGAGAUGGUACCUGAGGACGUUCCUCCGAAGAGACGACCGAGCCUGCUGAGGAAGCCGAAAGAAUGGCUGAGGAGGCAUCGUGGACAGUCCAAUGGCCCGCUGUCACCACCUGCGACUGCACCGACCGAGCUUGCGAACAUUUCCGACUACUUCGUCACUAGGAGGCCGAGUCUGCCGGAGGUUGCGUCGACGAAGCGAGCUAUACCGUCUCUGCCUCGACCCCAGACGUUCCGUAGGCAGGAGUCUGAGCGACGGGAGAGGCUGUUGGAGGUAGAGCCGACGGUCAACGAGCGGAGGGCGCUCAGUGCGGAUCGGAGAAGAAGUCGGGGUCUCAGCGCCAGUGGUCCUCAUCGUCCAUUGUCUCCUCUGCCUGCGCUUUUACCUUCUAUUUCAGCUCCGAGCGCCACACAUACUGAUGAUGACAAGACUGUCCCUUCGGAGUGUGGCGUGCCAGCUUCCAAUGUACCCCCGAAACAAUCGCCAAAGGAUCUGCCGCCGUUGACAAUACCGGAACCCAAUGAAGAUUCUUUACCAGACCAGGAUCGAGAUGACAUUGAAAAGUCAUCCUUACAAGAAGACUUCGAACGGCAUUGGAUCCUGAACUUGAGCAUGCACUUCCGAGAUAAGUCCAACCGCGAGAAAUUCUUCGUCACAUACGCAGAGAAGCCAAAUCAGUGGCGGCGCAUAACGAUUUCGUUGGACUAUCGAGAUGCUCCCGCCGACUCCUUAGAAGCAGAGCUGGCGUCGUUACACUACCAACGCGACAAGAGCAUCCGCAUCUACGAGGCGAUCCGAGACUCGUUGCCUGACAUCCAGUACUAUGACACCGUAACCAACCUCAAACUUGGGACGACACGGGAUGACGGUCAGCUGCACGUACACGUGCGCGAAGAUGCGAAUGAGAUUGUGCAGUUCCCAGCGAUCUCGCUGUUCGAUCAUAUACGCUGUCCGCGAUAUCAUGAGAGCUCGCUUCAGUUCGAUUCACACCUUUCUGGCUUUGUCUACAAAGUCCACCUGGAUCACCGCACGCUGAUUAAGAAGGAGAUUCCUGGCCCGGACACUGUGGAUGAAUUCUUGUACGAGGUUAAUGCACUGGAUUCAUUGCUGGGGUCUGAGAAUGUUGUGCGGCUGGAAGGCCUCGUCACGGACGAUCGAGGAGAGCUUGUCAAGGGCUUACUUCUGUCCUACGCCUCGCAAGGUGCCCUCGUUGACAUAAUCUAUGACUUCCGAGACAGGCCGGAGCUGAGCUGGGCACGUCGUGAACGAUGGGCGAAGCAAAUUGUGGCAGGCCUGGCUGAAAUUCAUGAAGCUGGUUUCGUGCAGGGUGACUUCACCUUGUCGAAUAUCGUCAUUGAUGAGGACGAUGAUGCGCAGAUCAUUGACAUUAAUCGAAGAGGCUGUCCUGUCGGUUGGGAAUCGCCGGAACUUGGCAGGCUGAUUGACAGCGGUCAGCGGAUUGGGAUGUGCAUUGGGGUCAAAACAGACCUAUUCCAGCUUGGAAUGGUGUUGUGGGCUCUUGCAGAGCAAGUUGAUGAGCCGGAGAGGGUCCAGCGUCCUUUGCCAGAUGUCACCAGUGACACGCCUCUUUACCUGCGAGAGAUCAUCAGGAUAUGCCUGGGCGAACGCCCCCAGGGUCGACUAUGUGCGAAGGACCUACUGCGAUACUUCCCUCAGCGCCCACAUGCAGGCUACCCACGAGAGCCUCUAGAUCUUCCCUGCGACCUCCACGCCUCAGAUCAUAGCGAACCCAGGUCUCAUCGUUCCGCAAAGGAAUACAUCGACCCCAACCUCGCCGUCACCAUCGACGAAGUCAAGCCUCAACGAAGAUCUUCACCACGUUUCACGGAUCAAGUGACAUACCUCAACCCCGACUCCGCCGGCGACUCAAAUCCAGCUUCGUCGACGUACCGCUUCGACAGUUCUGGGUCAUGGGUCAUAGGACGCCGUCGCGGACGCUCCCCAGUAUCGAGUCGACGUCGUCGCAGCUCGCCGUAUGGUCGGACGCCGUCUAGUGCAACGUCUUUGUCCGAAGCGUCGCCACUGGGGCGUCCUGACGAUGAAAUUUGGGACACGUGCGGUACGUCCAAGGAGCGGGAAGGCUGCUCAACCUCCCCACGCGGGCGAAGACAUGCUCCACCGACCAACAAGCUUCUUGCGAGUGUUUGUUCGCAAGGCCAGGAUCAAGGCGUCGUGGCCGCGGGACUGAUUCAUACUGACUCUGGGUUUGAUGAGGUUAUGGAGCAGGAUUUGGACGUGGAUUUGGAUCUCGAUGCGAGUAAUUUGACGGAGACGCCGAGGGUCAGGAGAGUUAGGACUUAUGUUUCUGACGACGAUGAUGAAGAUGAUGGUACCGAGAACGCUGAAGGACGGCGAGAGCCUAGCAAUCGAGGUGAUGCAGAGACCGGAGGCUCACGAGUAUCUUGCCCUAUAAAGGCAGAUGGAGCUCGAGAGCCUGGUGGUAUGGUUAUGAAUGAUGAGUUACGACAGGACGGCGCUUGCAUGCCGGAAUCACAGGACGGCACAUGGGCGUCGGAGAGGGUCUCGAAUUGA